CCAUCAAUCUUUUUCCGGCCAUCAGUCGAAGUCAGUCAGUCCUCACACGUCCAACACAGACCUAAACGAAAAUGUUCAAACUGGUGGUGUUGUUCGCAUUAGUGGCAGUAGCUGUUUCUAAGCCUCAUGGAGCUGCAGUCGCUCUACCACUCAUCGCUCAGACCUACGUGGCGUCAGCUCCAGUCAGCUAUGUAGCUGCUCCGGUAGUUGCUCAUACCUACAUAGCUCCAGCUGCAGUCAGCAGCACUUAUAGAGAAGAUAUCAUCAGCAAACCGGCAGCCGUUGUAGCUCCAGUUGAGGUCAAAGAAGAGCUCAUCAGCGAGCCCGUUGUGGUUGAAGCUAAAGCAGCCCUCGCUGAGCCAACCACAGUUGCUCCGGUUGAAACUACCACUGAAGAGGUCAAAGCCAAGGCAGCGGAAGUUGAAGCUUUGGAAGUUGAAGCUGUAGCCGCCCCAGCUGCUGUAAGCAGCACCUACAGGGAAGACAUCAUCAGUAAACCUGCAGUGGUGGCCUACUCGCUUCCAGUGGUGCAAAAGACCAUCGCCUAUGCAGCUCCAGUGGCGUACCACGCAGUUCCAGCCUACCAGGCAUGGUGAGAGGAGGACUGACUUCUACUUAGGUUGUUUUGUGUAGGAUCAAGUUUAAUAAACGUACUGUACAUUUGGGAA